ACUUCUCUCAUUGACUUGUCAAACCCAGGCUUGGUCCGCUUCACAAGCGUUCUCUGAAGUCUCGCGUUGUUACGUCUCUGGGUUUAGAAACUGGUAGUGGGGGAACAGGAUGUUCCACGCAGGCGCACAUCAUUCUUCAGAAUAAAGGAUACGUCAGAAUUGUGCAGCCGAGACGACAACUUCUGUGUCGCUUUCAAAUGAUUUACUACUGAUUAAGUCUGAGGCCGGUAACAUCAACAGUGAGGACAAACCCAACCUGCCUCUCUCCUUCCACACUGAGUCCAAACCUACAGUCACUGGGUCCAUAUUGUGACAGUGGAGCCCAGUUUGCACUGCAGGAUCCAGAGAUGGCAUCAGUGAAGCUGGAAGACUGCAGUCAAACACUGGAGCUGAAUGUCAACAUUAAAGAUGAAGAAGAGGAGGAGGAGAUUGGAAUAUCUGUUUCUCAUGGUAUGAGGCCGGUAACAUCAACAGCGAGGACAAACCCAGCCUGCCUCUCUCCUUCCAAACUGAGUCCAAACCUACAGUCACUGGGUCCUGAUUGUGACAGUGGAGCGCAGUUUGUACUGCAGGAUCCAGAGAUGGCAUCAGUGAAGCUGGAAGACUGCAGUCAAACACUGGAGCUGAAUGUCAACAUUAAAGAUGAAGAAGAGGAGGAGGAGAUUGGGACAUCUGUUAAUCAUGCGAGUCCAAACCUACAGUUUGCACUGCAGGAUCCAGAGAUGGCAUCAGUGAAGCUGGAAGACUGCAGUCAAACACUGAAGUUGAAUGUCAAUAUUAAAGAUGAAGAGGAGGAGGAGGAGAUUGGGAAAUCUGUUUCUCAUGGAUACCAUGUUGAGACAUUCUCUACAUCCAGAGAGCAACAGCAGAAAGAUCACAGAGCUAAGAGGUCUCACCACUGCCCACAUUGUGAGGAAAUAUUCCCAUUUCUAUCAAAGCUAAAAGUACACCUAAAAAUACACACAGGAGAGAAUCGGUAUUCCUAUACUGACGGUGGGAAGAUUUUCACAACAUCCAAGACUCUGACAGUUCAUCAGAGAGUGCACACAGGAGAGAAGCUGUUCUCCUGCUCUGACUGUGUAAAAUGUUUCACAACAUCAGCUAGAUUAAAAGUUCAUCAGAGAACACACACAGGAGAGAAGCCUUACUUCUGCUCUGACUGUGCGGCGAGUUUCUCUCUACUGUGCAACUUAAAACGUCAUGAACGUAUACACACAGGAGAGAAGCUUUACUCCUGCUCUGACUGUGCGGCGAGUUUCUCUCUACUGUGCAACUUAAAACGACAUGAACGUGUACACACAGGAGAGAAGCCUUAUUCCUGCUCUGAUUGUGGAAACAGUUAUUCUCUACUGGGCCACUUAAAAAGACACCAACAUAUACAUACAGGAGAGAAGCCUUACUCCUGCUCUGACUGUGGAAAGAGUUUCUCUAGACUGGGCCACUUAAAAACACAUAAACAUAUACAUACAGGAGAGAAGCCUUACUCCUGCUCUGACUGUGUAAAAUGCUUCAUAACAUCAACUGAGCUAAAAGUUCAUAAGAGAACACACACAGGAGAGAAGCCUUACUCCUGCUCUUAUUGUGUAAAAUGCUUCACAACAUCAACUAGGCUAAAAGUUCAUAAGAGAACACACACAGGAGAGAAGCCUUACAUCUGCUCUAACUGUGCAGCAAGUUUCUCUCUACUGUGCCACUUAAAACGACAUGAAAGUAUACACACAGGGGUGAAGCCUUACUCCUGCUCUGACUGUGCGGCGAGUUUCUCUCUACUGUGCAACUUAAAACGACAUGAACGAAUACACACAGGAGAAAAGCCUCAUCACUGCACUGACUGUGAGAAGAGAUUCUACAGAUUGGGCCAUUUAAAAAGACACCAAUGUGUACAUAAAGGAGAGAAGGCCUCAUCAGUUCUCUCAAUCCAGCUAAGAUUAGACACUCCACUUAAUUCUAAUCUCAUAAAAUAAUUGGCAACGUUGAAUUGGAUCAAAUACAUCCUGUGGUGGAAAAAGUACCUAACGGUCAGACUGAGUGAAAGUAAUGAAACCUUAAUAGAAAAUUACUCAAUUAAAAGUGAGUCACCCAGUAAAAUACUACUUCAGUAAAAGUAUUUGUUUGUAAAUAUACUUAAGUAUCAAAAGUAAAAGUAUUAAUAAUUUCAAAUUCCUUAAAUUUAAGCAACCCAGAUGGAACAAUUGUCUUGUUUAAAAAAAAAUAUUACAGACAGCCAGGGGCAGACUCCAACACUCAGACAUCAUUUACAAACGAAGCAUUUGUGUUUAGUGAGUCCGCCAGAUCAGAGGCAGUAGGGAGGACCUGGGAUGUUUUCUUGAUAAGUGUGUGAAUUGGACCAUUUUCUGUCAUGCUAAUCAUAAAAAUGUAACGAGUACUUUUGGGUGUCAGGGAAGAUGUAUGGAGUAAAAAUAAAAUUAUUUUCUUUAGGAAUGUAGUGAAAUAAACGUUGUCAACAAUAUAAAUAGUAAAGUACAGAUACCCCCCAAAAACUUCUAAAUUAGUUUAAAUAAUUUUUACUUAAGUACUUUACACCACUGUAUGCAUCCAUGCCGUGUGUCAGCAUUACAGGCUGGUGGUGUGAUGGUUGGGGUGUGUUUUCAGGACACACAUUGGGCCUCUUGAUAAAAGUUGAGCAAUGUUUGAAUGCCACAGGAUAUCUAAAGAAUCAUUGCCAAUCAGGUGCCUCCCUUCAUGGCAGCAGUGUAUCCAUCUGCAAGUUGUUUUUUUCAGCAGUAUUAUGCCACAAGGCUUGUCCAGGAAUGGUUCCAAGAACAUGACAGUGAAUUCAGUUUACUGCAGUGGCCUGACGAGUCACCAGAUCUCAAUCCAAUUGUUCAUCUGUGGGAGGAGAUGGAAGGAGCUAUUCGGAGUAGAGAUCUACUCCCAGAUAACUUGACACAAUUGUGGGAAGCAUUGGAGUCAACAUGGGCCAGCAUCCCUGUGGAACACCUUCAACACCUUGUAGAGUCUAUGCCCCGAUGAAUUGAGGCUGUUCUGAGGACAAGG